GGGUCUGCGGCUGACUCGUUGCUAUGGUGACGCUUCGGUACACGGCCGCAGGACUCGGAGCGGAGCAGCAUCAGGUUGUUUCAUCUGAUCUCUAAAAUCAAACAGCCGUCGUCAUGGCAGCAGGAGCGGUGUCGGCUCCGCUCAUCAUUCCCAUCAUCCACCUGCAAACACACAGAGCCAAGAACCUGGUGGACACCAACACACCUGUCUCCAUCCAGUCAGACACUCCAGAUGUGCAGAUCUUCUUCACUCUGGACGGGUCCAAGCCGGCGGCGGUGCAGCGGGGGUCAGCAGGCAGCAGCAGGAAGUACAGCGCGCCCGUCCUGCUGCCUGCUGGGCGCGUGGCGGUCAGAGCGGUAGCUGUCACCAGUGACGGCAGAGAGAGCUCCACCGUCACCAAGGUUUUCUCCGUUGAACUCGUGGAUCCAAACGACAGGAAGGAGAACGAGGACCAGCAGGUUCAGCAGGUGCAGCGUCCGUCUUCUGCUGGCUCUUCACUCAGGCCUCCAGAGCCGAGGAUGAUGGGAAACGCUUCUCCUCGAUCGGCGGCUCGUUUCCUGGACCGUCGACUCGGCUCUCCGACCAGACCCCAACAGACCGGAUCCCCCCCCCGUCUGCAGUCAGCGAGUCCAGGUGUGUUGAAGCAGCUGAACGGCACGCAGGCGUCCCGAAUCCACCGAGAGACUGACUUCCUGCGGUGUGCUCAGUGUUUGAGUUUCCGUCCUUCGGAUCCUUUUGCUCGGUUCUGUGCUCAGUGUGGCGCUGCAGUUCCUCCGGUACCUGAGCAGAGACUGCCCCCUGCUGAGGGAGGACAGAUGGUCAGCUGUGUGUUCUGUAACGCUCUGGUUCCUGCCAACACUCAGACCUGUUUGAUCUGUGAAGCCUCCGUCCAUCCUCAGUUACAACCACAGUCCAGUCUCAAACUGCUGGACCACGUGCUGUGUGUUUGCUGUGGAACCGGGAAUCCAGCUCACAUCUCCAGCUGUUUGACCUGCGAGAGCCGCCUGAAGCCGGUGGUGUGUGUUGGGACCAGCGCCCCCUCUGUCCGGCCAGCAGACAGCAGGAUGCUGACCUGCUCCAGAUGUAAACGUUUAAACCGCGGUGAUGCCAGAUACUGCGACUGGUGCGGCUCAAAGCCCGGUCACGCAGCCAGCUGUGUGGUUUGUCGGCGCUGCGGAGCGAGCGGACACCCGUACGCCUUCUACUGCGCAGCCUGCGGCGUCUUCCAGGAAGCCCCGCCCACAUCCUGCAGUGACAUCACACCACCUGUCUGGGGCGCCGCCACAAAGCAGGCUUCAGCACCAACUUCCCAUGAUGCCACCUGGCAGGCCGUGCCCGUCUCUGGUCCCGCGGCUAACGCUAAGUUAGCCACCACUGAGCAGGCCACGCAGACCGUUGGACUCUAUUUCCCAUCAGCCACUGAGCUGCAGAGGAAGGAGCAACAGCAACUCAACAGGCAGCAGGUGACCAGAGAGCGCCAGCCACUGCUGACCGCCAUCAGCCCCGGCAGAGGUUACUGGAGGAAGCAGUUGGAUCAUGUGUGUGCUCACCUGAGGAGUUACGCUCAGAACAACGGUGCCUUCAGGGCCCUGCUGGGAGAGCCGCGGAUGGGCAGGAUGGUUUCUGCCGUGAUCCAGGAAGAUCGCUACGAAGUCAGCGUGACCGUCAGCUUUGUGUCGGCCACACGGGAAGAACCACAGGGGGGUCCAGCAGCAGACGGUGCUGCUCCGGCAGGUCGGACCGAGACUCUGAGCAGCGUCACGGAGAAAUCUGCCGAUAGCAGCGCUCUCACUGUCAGGCCGGUGUGCGGCGGAGGAACGCCAGCGGGCAGACGGCGUACGACGCGGCGGUGAACUCCGGCUGCAACAACAUGGUGUCUCUGCUGGCUGCUCGGACCGGACUGGACUUACUGGGAAAACUGGGAAAACUGGGAAAACUCAAACUGAACCUGGACGUUUUCUGACAU